AGCCAAAGGAAGCCGCUUUCCCCCGGCAGUGAAGCUCAAACCAGCGAAGGAGGCACCUGUGACUGGAUACAGCGAAUGGACGGCUCCAGUUAUUUGAUUAACUGAACCCUGCGGUGUUGUUUUUCCAUAAAUACGCGCUGUUGGGCCUUUACGCAGCCGAUAAGAUGCCUUUUCCACCUAUAAACCUCCAUUCGCGGAUAUCAUCGCCAGGAAAAGAUCUGUUCAGGAAGAAGAAAACCGGUACGAGUGUUGUUCCUCCUCAGUCUUUGCUCAGUCCUAAACCGCGCGAGGAGAAGGAAACGGAAAAGGACAAACUGUCCACGUCCUGGCCUAGUGCCAAUCUGAGACAGCUGGGACGUAAACCGCAGCAACCACAGCAGCAGCAUUCUAGCAAAUUUCCCACAGACUGUUCAGUUCCAAACAUGGACGUCGUGGACGUGAAAAGCGCGUGGCUGAACGCGAGCAAGCCGCUGGGAGGCUCGUGUGAGAGCGUGCCGCGCUCCAGCUCCGGGGAAUCCGCGGCCCGGCGCGCCGUCGGCUACGGCAAAGAGGAGCUGGAGCAGGAGGUGCAGUUCUCCCUCAGCCUCACCCCCGAGGCCAUCCUCGUCAUCCAGAAACGCAACCUCGAAAAACAGAUGCUGGCCAAGCAGCAGAAGUGCUGCGGGUCCACGGACACCAGACACCGCAGGGCUGCACCGUCCAAAAGGGCGCAGGGCGCUUCGAAGAGCACGGGCCCUGUGGCCAAGCUGGACAGCUCGAACGACAUCAGCGCCAUCGUGAAGAUCUCACUGCUCAACGACCAGCACAAGUACGACGACGUCGAGUACGAGGAGGAGGACGGAGACGUGGACGAGACGGUGAUGCGGAAGUGUAAAGAGUGGCUGAAAGGCGUGGAGAGCGCAGCCGCCUUCAGCAAAGUGGACAAACUCUCUGCUCUCCCGCAUCUCAAGAGCUGCUGAUGGAAGCCACUGUGAAACCCACAGAGGACGUGCUCCUCAAAAAAAACAUCACUGGACUGAACUAUCAUUUUCCCUUGCUGUAGCCUGUUGAUAUGGCACUGUGCGUUUGUUUGUCUCUCAGUGACUUUUCAGUUUCUUUCACACGGACAGCGAUGUCGCAUGCGGCCCUUUGGUCCUCUCUUUCUCCACUCGGCUGUGUUUCCACUCAGGUUGCGUCUAAAUGUAGCGCCAUUCAAUCACACCCGGAUAAACCAAUGUCCAUCAGUGAAGCCUGGGCAUCUGCGCUCACUGUGCAUCGUCAGUGCCACAGGUGUCGUGCUCUUUCUGCCAUGGUCAGGCCUGUAGUGCGGAUGUGAUGCCUGUGCGGUUUGGGACGCAGCCCCACACAGAGGCUUCCCUCUGGCGCGACGCUUUCCUUUGUGCCAGAAAUCAAAGACAAUGACAAACUUUACAAUGCAGAAUUCACAGGUGUGUGUGUGUGUGUGUGUGUGUGUGUGAAAAAGCCUAUACACGGAGUAAAUGGGUUUGACAAAACCAGCUUUGUACAGUAUUUAUUUAAAAACCUUAUGCUGUGUUUAAGCUCUAGCCUAGAUCUUGUCAUUUUUAUGGGUUUUUAUGAAAUAAAGUGUAUUAAAGCCA